AUGUUCUGUGAAAACCCUCAUAUCAACUCUCCAUUUGGUUAUUCUCCUGAACCCAAAGCCCAGAAACAGUUUCUGGUUCAAAUGGCUAUUCCAGCUUCAAAGGUUCUGUUUCUGUUUUUCCUGUCCAUUGUUCUUGUCCCCUCUUCUGAAGCACAUCUGUUCAAGGAUGUUGAAGAACAACAAAUAUUUUACUAUGAAGCGAUUCAACAUGAUGUAGUUUUUCCAUCAACCCCAGUCACAGUCACUGUGCCUCCGGAUAAUUCAGCACCGGCAAUUAUCACCAUUCCCUCUACAAACACUGUGCCUGUACCUAAUACAAAUCCAGUUAAUCCACCAGCACCAGUAACAACCCCGAGCACAAAACCCGGGGGUCAACCAGCGAGUAACCCUGUAACAACUUAUCCUAGCCCAACUGGAGUAGGUGUUCCUGUGACAAACCCGGUGACGCCUCCUGCAGCAACAAAUGCUCCUGCAACUACGAGGAAGGGUUGGUGCGUGGCAAAGACUGGUGUACAACAGAGUGCACUUCAAGCAGCGCUUGAUUAUGCUUGUGGGAUUGGAAAAGCAGAUUGUUCGGCCAUCCAGCAGGGCGCAAGCUGUUAUAAUCCUAAUACUUUGCAAAACCAUGCAUCGUACGCCUUCAACAACUAUUAUCAAAAGAAUCCAGUGCAAACCAGCUGCGACUUUGGUGGGGCUGCUGCAAUAACCAAUGUGAAUCCUAGCGUGGGAUCUUGCAUUUUCCCAACAUCGUCGUCCUCUUCGACCCCGCCAACAACAGUGUCUCCAGUCUCAUCAACUCCGCCAACGACAGCAUCUCCAGUCUCAGCAACUCCUCCGCCAACAACAUCAUCUCCAGUCUCGGGAACUCCAACACCAACAACAACAUCUCCAUCUGGAACAACACCUAGCACAAGCACUCCUCCAUCCGUCUUAAACUCUAGCAGUCCGACUUUAGGAGGAUUCCCUACAAGUUUCGGAGAUAGCCCUCCUCCUGUUUUUGACACCUCGACAUCUGCUUCAAAAGCUCGUUCCUCAACUAGCAUAUCAGUUUUGGGCUAUUCAGACUGUUCUCGUAAAUUUGCAGAGCUCGCUGUUGCAGUCUGCUCAUGUUUCACACCAAUUGACACUAGUUGCACUUUCUACUACUGCUCUUCCUUUUCUGUUCCUUUCUAUGUUUUCUCCGGAGGAGGUUUUGUGGGUGAAAUGUUUUGUGUUCAUGGACAGGAACUUCAAGAGCGAGGGCAAGAACGGCUCGCAUUUUGGGCUUGGAAUUACAGCGCACAUAAGAAGUCAGCCCAUUAUCAAGCUGGCCGUAGUCAACGUCAUACGGCGGCUCUGGCAACACGUCAUCUAGCAUACAUAUACACUGCUAGGCUUUUUGAGGAAAGAAGCAUGGGAGAGGAGAUUGCAGGGAGGCUACGUUUUGAAGUUGAGAGCAAGGGCUUCACUGCGGAGUGA